ACCCGUUCACAAGACAUUUCUAACUACCUGCGGCAACACCGGCUAAAGCACGCCCAACAACGAGGGGAAACUCGAAUGCAGAUCGUGCUCCAAUUACUAUCUGACCAUCAGUACACGUAUCAGUACACGACGGAUAGCAAAACCGGAUGUUUGACCAAUCUCUUUUUCGUACAUCCUACAUCACUUGACAUAUGGCGUGCAUUUCCUUGGAUCAUUGAAAUAGACGCCACGUAUAAAACCAACGUUUACAACAUGCCGCUUGUUGAGAUUGUGGGUGUCACUCCAACUGGCAAGACAUUCAGCAUUGCGCACGCACUUAUUGAAAAUGAGCAACAUGCGACAUACACAUGGGUGUUACAGUGCUUGAGGUCGACGCUCGAAGAAGGCCUCGUCGUGCGUGUGGCACUCACUGAUCGGGAUCUGGCCCUCAUGAAAGCGGUUAAGGAUGUGAUGCCGGAAACAAAGCUGAUACUGUGUAGAAUACACAUUUGGAGGAAUAUUGAGUUACAUGCCAACCCAUCGUUUAGGUCAAAAAAAGAUUAUGGUUUGUUUAGACACCGGUGGGAUCAACUCGUAAACUCAAUCACGGUUAAAGAAUACGCAGAGAAUGAGCAGCGGCUAAAAGAAGGCGUGUACAAGAAUAUGAGAUAG